UUUUUUUUCGAAAUUUCAAUUUUUUCGAAAAAGCAACACAAUCACAGCUGUAUAAUAUUCGAGUGUUAUAAGCGACAGUGUGCGUGAGUGAGACAGUGGCAUUGUUUAUGUGUUUACCAGUGAGUGGGAGGGAGACGGCAAUAUGUUGCGCGGGAUUAAGUACCAGCGGUUGGAUGAUCUGGAGAUUGGAGAGUCGAGCGCUGAGCUGGUGGCAGUGCGGGUGUCCAUCAAUGGCAUGACCUGCCAGUCCUGCGUGCGCAGCAUCGAGGCCUCCACCAGGGAGCUGCCGGGCAUACACCUAGUUAAGGUGGAGCUAUCAGAAAACGCGGGCUACUUCAGAUAUGAUCCGCGCACCAUCACAGAGGAGGCCAUCCGGUCCCAUAUAGAAGACAUGGGCUUCGAGGUACCCACGGACUCCACGGAUCACGAAACUAGGAACCUGCUACCCAAGGAGAUCCCGACAGACCUGCUGAUAGACAUGUCCGGCACCGGCGAGGCGGAUGAGCAGGAGGUGCUGCUGUCCAUCGUCGGCAUGACCUGCCAGUCCUGCGUCAACACCAUUGAAGGCCAUAUACACUCCCUACCAAGUGUAUCGCAAGCCACUGUGAACUUGUCGGAGGGCACUGCUGUGGUGGUGGGCGCGCGCAGCAGUACGCUCGCGCGGACGCUGGCUGACGCAGUGUACGCGCUCGGCUUCUCUGUCAGUGUACGCGCUGUGGACGGCGAGCUGUGUGCUGAUUCAGCGACACAAACAAAAAGUGAAGAAGGUUCGGGCGAUGGUAUCAAACCACCUUCUCCUGUCAAGAGUCGGACGCAAACUAAUGGCGCAGCCUCCCCGAUCCUGGAGAGCGAGCUGUCUCGCUGCACGCUGGAGGUGCGCGGCAUGACGUGCGCCUCCUGCGUCGCCGCUAUCGAGAAGCACUGCACUAAGUUGUAUGGAGUGGAAUCAAUCCUAGUAGCCCUACUAGCAGCGAAGGCAGAAGUCCGGUACGCUCCCAGUAAGAUCUCAGCAGCCGACAUAGCGCACUGCAUCACGGAGCUGGGCUUCCCAGCGAGCGUCAUCAGCGACUGUGAUGGCAGUGGACAGAGGGAUCUGCAUGUCGCUAUCAAAGGCAUGACAUGUGCGUCGUGCGUGAACAAGAUAGAGAAGAGUGUACUUAAGCUGACCGGCGUCGUGUCCUGCACUGUGGCGCUUACUACUAGCAAAGGUAAAAUAAAAUACAACGCGGAACAGAUAGGGCCGCGGACGAUAUGCGAGGCUAUCAACAACCUCGGGUUCGAAGCCAGCGUCGUGACGCCGCAUAACAGAGGAACUACUAACUAUUUAGAACAUAAAGAAGAAAUAAGAAAAUGGCGGAACGCGUUCCUAGUCUCCCUAAUAUUCGGUGGUCCGUGCAUGGUGGCCAUGGCGUACUUCAUGGCGGUGAUGUCGCGCGGACACAGCGCGCGGGACAUGUGCUGCGUGCUGCCCGGCCUCAGCCUCGAGAACCUGCUCAUGUUCCUGCUGUCCACGCCCGUGCAGUUUAUCGGCGGCUGGCAUUUCUACAAGCAAGCGUACAAGGCGUUGAGUCACGGCACUUCUAACAUGGACGUCCUUAUAUCUAUGACUACUACUAUCAGUUACGUAUACUCCCUCGCCGUAGUAAUAGCAGCAAUGGCGAUGCAACAAGACACAAGUCCAGUAACAUUCUUCGACACGCCGCCCAUGUUACUCGUCUUCGUAUCGCUAGGACGAUGGCUUGAACAUAUAGCCAAGGGUAAAACAUCAGAAGCACUAUCCAAGCUGCUUUCACUAAAGCCUACAGAAGCAGUUUUAGUAACGUUAGAUGAAAACGGACAUCCUAUCAGCGAGAAGAGCAUACCUGUCGACUUGGUGGAACGGGGUGAUACACUCAAGGUGGUACCCGGAGCUAAAGUACCAGUGGACGGCAAAGUGAUCUUCGGUCAGAGCACGUGCGACGAGUCGUUGAUCACCGGCGAGUCUAUGCCCGUGCCCAAGACUAAAGACUCAGUAGUAAUAGGCGGCAGUAUAAACCAGCACGGAGCCCUGGUCGUCUCCGCCACGCACACGGGCGAGGCGAGCACGCUCGCGCAGAUCGUGCGCCUCGUGGAGGACGCGCAGGCCAGCAAGGCGCCUGUUCAGCGCCUCGCUGAUACUAUAGCCGGGUACUUCGUGCCCCUGGUAGUUUUCCUGUCGGUGCUGACUCUCGUCUGCUGGAUCAUCAGUGGAGCACUCAAUAUUGACAGGAUUAAACUUAUUACGCCGCCAAUGUACGUAAACGCAGGCUAUGCGGCCUGGGAACUGAUAGUUCAGACAGCAUUCCACUUCGCUCUCUCAGUACUAGCUAUAGCGUGUCCGUGUGCACUGGGGCUGGCGACUCCGACCGCGGUGAUGGUGGCCAGUGGCGUGGGGGCCAAGCUGGGGCUGCUCAUUAAGGGGGCUGAGCCGCUAGAGAAUGCUCAUAAGGUGAAAACAGUAAUAUUCGACAAGACGGGCACAAUAACUCGCGGCAGUGCGACCGUCGCCAAGCUGUCGCUGCUGACGGGCUCGGCCAGCACGCUGGGCUCCGUGCUGGCUUGCUUGCUCACUGCCGAGCUCAACUCCGAACAUCCUGUCGCUUCUGCAAUAGUCCGUUGGUGCAGCGCGGCGCUGGGCGGGCACAGCGGGCUGGCGUGCGUGAGCUUCGUGGCGGCGCCGGGCUGCGGCCUGCGCGCGCGGCUGCGGCCCAUGGGGGAUACUGUGCCCGUGCAUAUAGCUAACUUUAAUAAUCAGCCCAGAGCAGGCAGCACGUUCAUAGUGGAGGGAGUACCGGUGGAGGUGGUGUCUCCCGGCGGUGACGCGGCGCUCAGCUCCGCACACGCCGCGCACAGGCUGCACUCGCUCAUACAGCCGGGGGGAGAGGAAACGGAACAAGUAGUGCUCAUAGGCAACAGGGAGUGGAUGUCGCGUAACGGCGUGACUGUCCCGCGCCGCGUGCAGGACGCUCUGCAGCAAGACGAGGAGUUGGGCAGGACGGCCGUGCUCGCCGCCAUUAACGGUAAGCCCACUGUUGGACUAGCAGUAGUGCUCAUAGGCAACAGGGAGUGGAUGUCGCGUAACGGCGUGACUGUCCCGCGCCGCGUGCAGGACGCUCUGCAGCAAGACGAGGAGUUGGGCAGGACGGCCGUGCUCGCCGCCAUUAACGGUAAGCCCACUGUUGGACUAGCAGUAGUGCUCAUAGGCAACAGGGAGUGGAUGUCGCGUAACGGCGUGACUGUCCCGCGCCGCGUGCAGGACGCUCUGCAGCAAGACGAGGAGUUGGGCAGGACGGCCGUGCUCGCCGCCAUUAACGGUAAGCCCACUGUUGGACUAGCAGUAGUGCUCAUAGGCAACAGGGAGUGGAUGUCGCGUAACGGCGUGACUGUCCCGCGCCGCGUGCAGGACGCUCUGCAGCAAGACGAGGAGUUGGGCAGGACGGCCGUGCUCGCCGCCAUUAACGGUAAGCCCACUGUUGGACUAGCAGUAGUGCUCAUAGGCAACAGGGAGUGGAUGUCGCGUAACGGCGUGACUGUCCCGCGCCGCGUGCAGGACGCUCUGCAGCAAGACGAGGAGUUGGGCAGGACGGCCGUGCUCGCCGCCAUUAACGGUAAGCCCACUGUUGGACUAGCAGUAGUGCUCAUAGGCAACAGGGAGUGGAUGUCGCGUAACGGCGUGACUGUCCCGCGCCGCGUGCAGGACGCUCUGCAGCAAGACGAGGAGUUGGGCAGGACGGCCGUGCUCGCCGCCAUUAACGGUAAGCCCACUGUUGGACUAGCAGUAGUGCUCAUAGGCAACAGGGAGUGGAUGUCGCGUAACGGCGUGACUGUCCCGCGCCGCGUGCAGGACGCUCUGCAGCAAGACGAGGAGUUGGGCAGGACGGCCGUGCUCGCCGCCAUUAACGGUAAGCCCACUGUUGGACUAGCAGUAGUGCUCAUAGGCAACAGGGAGUGGAUGUCGCGUAACGGCGUGACUGUCCCGCGCCGCGUGCAGGACGCUCUGCAGCAAGACGAGGAGUUGGGCAGGACGGCCGUGCUCGCCGCCAUUAACGGUAAGCCCACUGUUGGACUAGCAGUAGUGCUCAUAGGCAACAGGGAGUGGAUGUCGCGUAACGGCGUGACUGUCCCGCGCCGCGUGCAGGACGCUCUGCAGCAAGACGAGGAGUUGGGCAGGACGGCCGUGCUCGCCGCCAUUAACGGUAAGCCCACUGUUGGACUAGCAGUAGUGCUCAUAGGCAACAGGGAGUGGAUGUCGCGUAACGGCGUGACUGUCCCGCGCCGCGUGCAGGACGCUCUGCAGCAAGACGAGGAGUUGGGCAGGACGGCCGUGCUCGCCGCCAUUAACGGUAAGCCCACUGUUGGACUAGCAGUAGUGCUCAUAGGCAACAGGGAGUGGAUGUCGCGUAACGGCGUGACUGUCCCGCGCCGCGUGCAGGACGCUCUGCAGCAAGACGAGGAGUUGGGCAGGACGGCCGUGCUCGCCGCCAUUAACGGUAAGCCCACUGUUGGACUAGCAGUAGUGCUCAUAGGCAACAGGGAGUGGAUGUCGCGUAACGGCGUGACUGUCCCGCGCCGCGUGCAGGACGCUCUGCAGCAAGACGAGGAGUUGGGCAGGACGGCCGUGCUCGCCGCCAUUAACGGUAAGCCCACUGUUGGACUAGCAGUAGUGCUCAUAGGCAACAGGGAGUGGAUGUCGCGUAACGGCGUGACUGUCCCGCGCCGCGUGCAGGACGCUCUGCAGCAAGACGAGGAGUUGGGCAGGACGGCCGUGCUCGCCGCCAUUAACGAUCAACUGGUAUGCACAAUAGGCGUGGCAGACGAGGUGAAGCCGGAAGCCCACCUCGCGGUCUACUGCCUCAAGAAGAUGGGUCUGCAAGUGUGUCUACUCACCGGCGACAACAGGAAGACCGCCGUGGCCAUCGCUAGACAGGUGGGCAUCAACAAAGUCUACGCAGAAGUGCUGCCCUCCCACAAGGUGGCUAAAAUCCAGAAGCUACAAGAAGAAGGCCAGAAGGUGGCCAUGGUGGGGGACGGCGUCAACGACUCGCCGGCGCUGGCGCAAGCUGACGUGGGGAUAGCUAUAGCCAGCGGCACUGAUGUCGCUGUGGAAGCCGCUGAUCUUGUGUUAAUGAGAAAUGAUCUCCUAGACGUGGUAGCCUGCUUAGAACUAUCUAGAACAACAGUGCGUCGAGUUCGUCUGAACUUCCUGUUCGCCAGCGUGUACAAUCUACUGGGCAUCCCGCUAGCUAGCGGCGCCUUCGCGUCUCUGGGGCUGCAGCUACAGCCGUGGAUGGCAUCAGCUGCGAUGGCGAUGAGUUCAGUGUCAGUCGUGUGUUCCAGUUUAUUGCUCAAAACUUUCAAAAAGCCGACGAUAGAGCAACUCCGCACAGCAGAGUACUUACAGUCCAUCCACCUUCAAGACUUGGACUCUGUGUCCGUGCACCGCGGCCUCGACGAGCGCCUCGACCCCGUCGAGCGCGGCGCCUCGCCCCUCGCCAAGUUAUUCCACCGCAGUAAGCAGCCCGAAGGCUGUCUCCUACAAGAGGAGGACGAUCUGAUGACCGUCUCCUUCAUCCCCAAGAGACGCCAGGAGCCCAGCAUCAAUGGGUGAUAGCCCAGCAGUGGGGUUGGGCAGUGGGAUCAAAUCCAGUGGGUAGGUGAGCUAAGUAGAUGGCGCUUGAGACAAUCAAAUUGAUGAUUUUUCAUCUACUUAGAGAAAGGAGGUUUUAAUUUCGACUGCUUUUUUAGGACUGUUGUAGGUAUUGAUUUAUUUGAGAAUGUAGUUUUUUUGAGUUUGGCAUUCAAUUAGCUUGAUUUUUGUGGAAAAUAAUGCGUAUUAAGUUGAUCUUGCCAAAUUUAAUUACGAUAUUUUUUUUUUAAUGAAACAGACUGAACUAACUGUGUGAAAAAUAUGAUGGAAAUGAAAAUAUACUCCUUUUUUCAGUUACAUAAAAUGUCUUCCUAGAUCUUGUGAAUUGUUAUAGGUAGUUUAAAAACACUAUCCUAGUGACUCCAAAAUUUUAUUUUUUUUAAUGCUCAAAUUCGUAACUGACAGUGAGUUUAACUGUAAAAUUACCUAUUUUUAAGAAACAGCGCCAUCUACAAAGCAAAAUCCUAUCAGUUUAGCAGACAAUGCCGAGUGCAUAGCUUGUAUGUGACGGACAGUGCAGUGUUACAGUGAAACUAAGAGUAAAGACUGAUGUGUUUCUGUAAAUAUUACGUGUGUCGGGCAAAGUAAGAACUUAGGCGGUAUGUGAAAUGACUAGAGUAUAUUUUUUGACAAUGUGUGAUUUUGUGAUUGUUUUUAAGGGUGGAUUUUGUUAAUAAUACUAUUGUUUUUAUUAUCAGAAUAUUAACUAUUUUGUUAUAUGCUAAAAAUUAGUAAAAACUGAGAAAAGCUUGGAUUUUUUAAUUAGUGAGAUCAAUUUUAUGUUCUAGUCAUUUCGCAAGAUCGUCAGUUUAUUAGUUACAAUGCUACCUAGCCUUUAGAAGCUAACAACUUUAAGUUAACAGAAUAUAUCGCUUUAUAUUUUAACAUUUAUUAUAAAAUUUCGUACAAAAGAUGCCUUCAAAGGUAAAACAAAAAAAAAACUUCAAAAAUAUUAUAUUCACAAUGAUAUAAUUAUCAAUGACGAAAACCUUAUUCAAAUUGGCACUACAAUUUUUGAGAAAAUCAUGAGCAAACUAUCUAAAAUGUUCGAAUACUGAAUUUUUUUUUAUCACUAUGAAAUAAUCCUGUGAAACUACCAGCAAUUUUAUUUAAAUUUAAAUACCUUGCCAAACAAAUGAUUGUACUGGCAAAAUGUUUUAUAUACAUAUUUUAAUCAUUAAAAUAUUAUUCCAUUUUUAUAGAAAUGAAUCCAUAGAUCAAUAGUUACCAAUUUGUACAAAAUAAUCUUUAUUAUACGUAUUUUAAUACUGUAAAUUAUGUUGAUUUCAAUAAUCAUGAAAAAUAACUGCAAUAAAGAAAUCUUACUGAAACAAUUUACAGUAUGAAAAUACAAGAAUACUGCAAUUAUUAUAUAUUUGUUAACAACCUCAUCACUAUUGGAUCAGCCGUUCUCGAAUCGUUGACUGGUUUGAGAAAAAUUAAUAAAUGGAAUAUAUAUUUUUUCGUGACAAGCAAAGCCAAGAGAAAAACCUAGUAAAUUAUAAAAUAUUCAAUUUAUUAAUUUCUACUCAACAAAACGAGAACUUUACAAUAGACAAUUUUUAUUAGUAUUAUUUUGAUAUCAAGUCAUUGGCACUUUAAAAAGUAUAAAUUCACAAUAUAUUACGACAUCAAACUACAUAAAAAUACACUCUUUUGCAAAAAA